UGUGUCAGCUGACCGAUGUCCUGGUGUGGUGACGUCACCGCCAAGAUGGCUGCCGAGAGCGAUGUCCUGUCAGAAAUUGAAGUGCUGCAGUCCAUCUACUUGGAUGAGCUCAGUGUUACUCAGAGUGAUGAAGGAGGGUGGACAGUCAGUUUGGUACUCUAUCCCUCCACUGCGGAGGACUGUCUCUCUCAGUUUGUCCGUCUUACACUGACAAUGGAUCUGAACUCUCAGUAUCCAUAUUCAUCCCCUUGCAUCUCUAUUCACAAUCCACGUGGACUCUCGGAUGAUAAAUUGCUCAGUUUACAGAGCAGUUUGCAGAAGGAGGCAGAGUCAUGUAUGGGGACACCUGUACUUUAUCAGCUUAUAGAGAGAGCUAAAGAGAUACUGACUGAGAGCAAUAUUCCCCAUGGAAACUGUGUCAUCUGUCUGUACGGCUUUAAGGAAGGAGAAGUGUUCACUAAGACCAGCUGCUACCACUAUUUCCACUCGCACUGCCUUGGCCGCUACAUCACUCACUCUGAGAUGGAGCUGCAGGACCGUGAGAGGGAGCUGAAGGAGGAUAAAACUAGAGACCAGACGGAAAAAGAGGAGUUGGCUGUUGUUUGCCCUGUGUGUCGAGAGCCUGUGACCUACGAUUUGGAUGCCCUUCUUUCCUCCCCUGCUCCAAUUUUCACUCAGCAGGAGGAUGUAGACAUCGGUGGAGAAUUUAGAACGAAAUGGGCAGCGCUCCAGAAGAUCAUGGAACGGCAGAAGGAAAAGGGUGGCGUUAUUGACCCAGAAGAAGAGUCUAAUAGGUUCCUAAUUCACAUUAAUGAGACUCAAGACUCUUCUGGUACAGAUGCCUCUGGUGCCGAAUCUUGUCAGUCACUCCCUUCCUCAUCCACAGAUUCUAUUGGUGCAACCCAAGCCUCUCAAAGUCAUCACACUACAGGCCAAUCACAGCGUCUGUGCACUCAUGAGAGAAGGCAACAAGGUGACUUCAAGAGAGGUCAUAGAGGAAGAGGAGCCAGAAGAGGUGGACCAGGACGUCAUGUAAUGCCUUCACCUGGGGUGGAACAGUUAGGCUGGCUCACGCAGUCUUCUGAUAAGAUUAAUUAUGUCAACUCAGACCCACCAAACACUACAUCACAGGUAGAAAGCACAGCACAAGGACAGCCAUUUGAACUCGGUGAUAAUAUAGCACAGCUUAGGAAGCCUUCGAUCAAUGAAGAAGAAAAAUAUAUUUCUCAAGACAAGGUUACUUCAAAAUCUAACUGUGGACAAGAUGUGGGCAAACAAAAUGUUUGUAUUUCAAAAGAUAUGGAUCAGGCAAUCUUACAGGAUGGACACCCAGAAAGGGAACAUGUGGGUAGAGGAUGGAAGCGUGGUAAUCGUGGCUCCGGACGACAUCACGGACACUGGCAGGAGAGGAACUUUAAGGGACCAGGUUACUGGGAUAAUUCUGGAAGCGUCGGUCACCGUGGAGGUGGACAUAGAGCCAGAGAGGGAGGGGCUGGGCAUCAACACAGAGGGGGUGGAGCUCAUAGAGGUGGUGGGAGGGGUUUGCUUCAAAGAGUGGAAAAAGAAUUUAGGAAAGAGGGAGUGCUCUGACAAUGGGA